UGAUGGCUGGUCGCUAGCUUCCUUUAGCCGCGGCCGAGCUCCGGGGUCCCGGGGCUGUUUUUAAACCCAACAUGUCGAUGUGCUGCGUGUCGAGCUGCGUCAACCGACCGUGCCGCAAAAGCAAAAUAAGGUUUCACCGGAUCCCGUCCGGGAACUUGCCGUCUCAGGCCAACAGGAGGAAGCUGUGGCUGCACGCGAUUCAACAAGCUAACAACAGCAGCGAGAGACUGAGCGGAAGUGCUCGUGUCUGCGGCGCUCAUUUUAUAUCAGGGGAGAUGUCACUGGACCACGACAAUGUGGACUUUAUUCCCUCUGUGUUCCCAUGCAUCAAACGGAUCCCGGAGGAGAACGUGACAGGUUUUAUGCCAAAAAAAAGUGGGCGCCCUAAAAAGGAGUACAGAGAAGAAGAAAUGAAGACUCCAGAAGACGAGCAGUCGCCUAUUCUGAUGGAAGAGUUUGAGGCACCGUACACCCGGUCAGCAGCAAAGGAAGCGGAAACAUUGAUUGAAAUGGCUGUGGCUGAAAAAGAAGCCAGCACAAUCACAUCUCAAACAACCUCCAGCCCAAACAAGACAUCCCCAUUAGUGCCAGCAGUCAGGAAUCCUGUCGUGGUCUUACAACCUCUAAUUUUACAAGCAGGUGGGUUUCAGUUCCAGCUGUGCAGCCGGAACCUCACCACUGAAUCUCAGCCUGUAGAAGACGAACAGCCGGAUGAGGAUGAAGAUGAGGAUGAAGAUGAGGAUGAAGAUGAGGAUGAAGAUGAGGAUGAAGAUGAAGAAGGAGAAGAACAGUCCUGUUCCUGUGGAAUUUGUGGAGUGCAAUUCACAAAUCACACCGGUUUCACCCAGCACCGGUGUAUAAAACCCGAGGAGACCAGCUUUCCGUGCAACAUGUGCGACCGGUCUUUAACUUCAUAUCAUUGCCUCAAGCGGCAUAAACUGCUGCAUGUCAAAGACGGCAGGAAGUGCGGCAAGUGUGGCGUCCUGUUCUGUCGACGUCACAAUCACACCCCAUUCCGUCCUGCUACUGACUUUAAAGAAGCGUCCUCCGGUGACGAGGUGCAAACGGUGGAGAGUAAAGUGAAACCAGAAAACGGAGGGCAGCAGAAGUCUGACCUAAGCUGGACACCUGGCGCCAUGACUGUAAAACCCAGAAGGAAAAUUGUUACAAUUGUGCCUAAACCUCCUCCUACUAUUAAUACUGUGCCUAAACCUCCUACUACUACUACUACAACUGUGCCCACACCUUCUCAUAGUACUACUACUGUGCUUACAGCUCCUAUUACCGCUACUACUACUGUGCCCACACCUUCUCAUAGUACUUCUACAGUGCCUACAGCUCCCAUUAUUAUUACUACUGUGCCCACACCUUCUCAUAGUACUUCUACAGUGCCUACAGCUCCCAUUAUUAUUACUACUGUGCCCACACCUUCUCAUAGUACUGCUACUGUGCCUACAGCUCCUAUUAUUACUACUUCUACCGUCCUUACACCUCCAAAACCUCAACCUUUAUCCAAGACCCACAAGUUCAAACCUACAGCGCCGGGCAAAAGAGUCAGAGUUAAAACACGCCCUGCACCUUCCUCUGCGUCCUGUCCCCCUCCACCAGUGCCCGGGUGCUCAAGCCACCCAGAUACCUCGGCUGCAGCUGUGCAACCUCCUAAACUCCCAUCCUCACUGAGGAUGUUUUCACCUCAGUACCUCACGUCGGCAUUACUUCAGGUUACAAGAAAUUACGAGUAUAUCCUAAGCAAAUCAAAAGGGGAUGUGAAGGUUAUUAAGGAGGAACCAAGUGAGCGGCCGAUCUCUCCCGUAGAGGAAAUCAUCGAGCAAAUCGUAGAGCCAGUCCCAAUCGGCAGAAUUGCUUAUGACCUGGAGAUUGUGGUCUGAUCGAAACCUAGUGGGGGAUGAGUUCUGUUUCUCACUUUGAGACACAGGCAUGAAUCUGUCCUGCACAUUGUUUUACUAAAGACUGUUUUGCAUCAUAAGGCCAAUAAGCUUGUUCUUUCAAACCCACUGGGGUUUGGCACCGACUACAACUAAAACAUAAGCUAACGUGGGCUUGUUGGGAAGGACCUACUGUUAUGGUCUACGUUGGCCACCUGUAUAUUUUGUAAUGGUUUUGUUCUCGUUUUAUACACAUCUGAAUGUACGACUUCACACUUUUAUACGUCCAUUCUUUGGCAUGUGUAGCCUUAACCUGGUUCAGAAUCUGAUACAUCUUAAUGUAAGUGACUGAACUCGUGCUGCUAUUUUUUUAUACAACAGAUUAGUUGAGAUUCUGUCACUUCUUAACCACUAGAGACGCGAGGCGAGGUUCUGUACUUUGUAAUAAACCCUUUAGUCUGAGUUAUAAACAGGCUUGAAAAAAAAAGGUCAUUACAUGGGGCAACUGGAGGACGUUUUCUAACACAGUUUUUUUUAUCAUAGAAAUGUUUAUAAAUUCCAGUAUUUGAGAGUUAAAAUCUUAAAAGUUGGAUGGUUGAGAUACUGAGUUAACAUGCUAAGUUAAUUAGCAAGACACUAGCUGCCUGUCUGUUGCAAGGCUGACGUUUAUUCACCGAACCUUCACAACAAUUCAAACGUAUAUUUGAACCCAAUAUUUUCAUUGACUGACCUUAGAGGCCUUAAAGCAGUCGUUAACUUACAAACUUGCUGGGAAUACUCUACGUUUUCUAAUCAACUUCAUAUAAGUUUAUUAAGUUUUAAUUUUUAUCCGUCUGGAAUUUGAGAGUACCUUCGGUCAAUCAAUAACUAAGUAUUUACGAAAUUAUUCCUUCGCCUCAUGCAGCGUUGAAGCAUCGAGGCCAAAUUUGGAAGUAAUUGAAAUUGCAAAUUAUAUUUUGUUUGCUUAACCUCACUUCCUUAGUUCACUAAAGUAGAUAAAUAACUAACCUAACAUGUAGAUGUAUCUCAAUGCAUUCUAACUACAUGGUGUACAAAUCAGGCUGAGUUUCUAUGGGACAAAGGAAAGAAUAUGGAAGAAACAAACUGAAAUAUGUCUUAACUGAAUGUUUAUAUCCAGAAAAAAAGCAACUGUAUGUUAUUUGCUGGGGUUUUGUUAUUGGAAGAAAUUCAGGGGGAAAUAGAUUUACUCGCAAAAUGUUUGUUUUUCAAGGUUUGUCCAGAUGGUGGCACUAGGAACAAUACCUUGGUGCUGUUCUUGGCCAUGAUCUCCCUAGUAAAACGCAUUAUUAAUCUCACCUUGUUAACUGAAGACAAAUAAAAUAAUAACUCUUAAAUCUUGCGCUCAAAAAAGGAGACUUAUUGCUGGCAUAACACAAAAUAACUUGCACGCCUACAGUAAAUACAAGAAAAGCUACAUUUACUGUCCCUGAUGGGUACAAGUACAUACACGUAGUAUAUUUGACCUACUGUGCUGCUGUUUACAAAUGGUGAGCUGUGGCAUUAAUGUCUGUCAGUCAGUGUUGCAGUCACUUUGCUGGAAAACAAUAUUUCAUGUUGUACUGUUGAUGCUGUUUUUUAUAUUUCUGAUGUGAAUUUAUAAUAAACAA